CGCGUUCGUUAUCGCAGCAGUGGCGCGUUUAGUCUUAUUAUGGCUCGAUCUGUAAGAACGCCAACAACAUCGUCGUCGUCGUCGCGAUCAUUAUCGUGCGCGUCACCGUCGUCUUUACACUCGUUAUUAUCAUUAUCGUUCACAUCUUCCUUAUCCCGCCCCUCUUCCCGCAGUUCACUAGCCACCGCCGCUCGUAACAAUGCCGUUGUUUGUCGCGGUCUUUUUGCCACACUCGUUAUACUGCUGCGCAUGUCAGCGCUAACGUUAGCGAUGACAGAUCAUCUAACGGUGCAGACGACCAGUGGGCCGGUACGCGGUCGUUCGGUUACAGUACAGGGCCGUGAUGUACACGUCUUUACCGGUAUACCGUAUGCCAAGCCACCGGUUGAUGAAUUACGCUUUCGCAAACCUGUACCUGCAGAACCGUGGCACGGUGUCCUAGAUGCAACACGACUGCCAGCAACAUGUGUACAGGAGAGGUAUGAAUACUUCCCUGGCUUUUCCGGUGAAGAGAUAUGGAAUCCUAACACAAAUGUAUCUGAAGAUUGUUUGUUUAUGAAUAUCUGGGCUCCAGCGAAGGCAAGAUUACGACAUGGCCGUGGAACCAAUGGUGGUGAGCAUUCAUCUAAAACCGAUCAGGAUCAUUUAAUACAUAGUGCAACGCCACAGAAUACCACAAACGGUUUGCCUAUAUUAAUAUGGAUUUAUGGCGGUGGUUUUAUGACCGGUUCAGCCACCUUGGACAUUUACAACGCUGAGAUAAUGUCGGCCGUGGGCAAUGUGAUCGUAGCCUCGUUUCAGUAUCGUGUCGGAGCAUUUGGUUUUCUACAUCUUUCACCGGUUAUGCCAGGUUUUGAAGAAGAAGCACCGGGUAAUGUUGGCCUCUGGGAUCAAGCAUUGGCCUUGCGUUGGCUAAAGGAGAACGCCCGGGCAUUUGGCGGUAAUCCUGAAUGGAUGACGCUGUUUGGUGAAUCGGCUGGUUCGAGUUCCGUUAAUGCUCAACUAAUGUCACCGGUAACACGUGGCUUGGUCAAGCGUGGCAUGAUGCAAUCGGGUACCAUGAAUGCACCAUGGAGCCAUAUGACAUCGGAAAAGGCGGUGGAAAUUGGUAAAGCUUUGGUAAAUGACUGUAACUGUAAUGCUUCAUUGUUACCGGAAAAUCCUCAAGCUGUCAUGGCGUGCAUGCGACAAGUUGAUGCGAAAACAAUUUCCGUACAACAAUGGAAUUCCUAUUCAGGAAUUUUAAGUUUUCCCUCUGCCCCAACCAUUGAUGGAGCAUUUUUACCAGCUGAUCCAAUGACAUUACUAAAAUCUGCUGAUCUUACCGGUUAUGAUAUUCUAAUUGGAAAUGUCAAAGAUGAAGGUACAUAUUUUCUACUCUAUGACUUUAUCGAUUAUUUCGAUAAGGAUGAUGCGACAUCAUUGCCACGUGACAAAUACCUAGAAAUCAUGAAUAAUAUUUUCCAAAAAGCCAGUCAAGCGGAACGAGAAGCAAUUAUCUUCCAGUACACAAGUUGGGAAGGUAAUCCCGGAUACCAAAAUCAACAACAAAUCGGACGAGCUGUUGGUGAUCACUUCUUUACGUGUCCCACAAAUGAAUAUGCUCAGGCAUUGGCCGAACGAGGUGCUUCAGUACAUUAUUACUAUUUUACACAUCGCACCAGUACCUCAUUAUGGGGUGAAUGGAUGGGUGUCUUGCACGGCGACGAAAUUGAAUAUUUCUUCGGUCAACCAUUGAAUAAUUCACUGCAAUAUCGACCUGUGGAACGAGAAUUAGGCAAACGUAUGCUCAAUUCAGUGAUUGAAUUUGCCAAAACAGGCAACCCAGCCGUUGAUGGUGAGGAAUGGCCCAACUUCUCCAAGGAAGAUCCCGUUUACUAUGUCUUCAGUACAGAUGAAAAAAUUGAAAAACUACAAAGAGGUCCAUUGGCCAAACGCUGCUCAUUCUGGAAUGAUUAUCUGCCGAAAGUUAGAAGUUGGAUUGGUUCCGAAUGUGACACAAAUAGCUCAACAUCCGCUUCCGCUGCUAUCUAUGACAUCAAGAUGCAACAACAGCUGACAUUACUGGCCGUGGCAAUAAUGCUGGCAAUGGUCAAUAGCAUUUUCCAAUAA